CAAGAAGAUUUUAAAGAAUAUCCAAGAUAAAAAAUAUAAGAUCACGUACAAGACUUUUUACACAGAUCACGGUCUUCACACAAGUCAAAACUGACUUUCCGAAAAUGAGAACAGUUAGUUUUUCUUUGUGGAUCAUCGUUGUUUUUAUUUCAACAUUUGCACAAGAUGAUGACCUGAUUGCAAACGUAUCCCUGUCGAAACGUGUGCCUAUUCGGCCGAUUUACUAUUAUUAUUGUGAUGACUGUUUCUUGGAACGAACCCGAGAAGGAAGGGCGAUUCGUCGUUGCUGGUGUUCAUUUCUGAGGUCUUAUCAACGCUAUAUGUAUAGCUCGAGAGAAACGAGAAAAUAUCAAUACUUAUCCAUCCUUUGUCAGUGUAUCAGAAAUGCAAUAAGAAGAUAUGCUCCUGGAGUGGUCUUAUCCUCUGGCAUGGCAAACUUAACCAAUCCUGGCAGAGCUCAACAGUGACAGGACUACAGUUACACUGGCACUAUAUAACAGACACACUUUCCUCUAUUCAUUAAAGGUUUUACUGUUUUCUUAUUUUCCAAUGGAUCCACUAAUGUAUAACCAGUUCUAGCUAUCAAGAAAUAUAUGUAAUAAAGCAAACCUUUUGCAUUUAUUUGGAUUAUGUCUAUAGAUAUAUUUAUACCUGCACCACACAAAUCUUCCAAAGUAAAUAAAUAUCACACUCAACAUGCUAGUUCUUUAGAGAAUAUAUUUCUGUUACUUUUGAGGCAAAAUCUAAACACAAUUUUAUUGGCAUCAAAACUUAUUUUCCAUAUAAAGCAAUUUCUUAUAUAUUCUGUUUUCCCAGCUACUCUUUAGGCAAGGAAUAUUUACUGUAGUACUCAAGAAACAUGCCCACAAAGUUUUUAUCAUUAAUUACUGAAAUGAAGUCGACAUCUUUUAGAGUUACAAGGUGCAACAAAAUAGAUAUCAAUUUUUAUCAUAGUUGUUCUGUAAAUGCUAUCUAUAACUUUAAUGAUAAUGAAAAGAGACUUUAAAGAAAGGGAGGAAAGUAAUGAAUUUGGUUUGAGAUACAUUAAAUAGAGCCUAUACAUUCCAUCUAACCCUACAGUGAAAAUAUUAUACUCCAAUAACAUAGCAGUUUAUAUAUUCUGCAGGUAAUCCAUUUUUUGUGUAAUAUCUUUUAAUUUUUGGGUGAUCCAUUUAACUUUUAUCUAUGUAUCCUAAACGUAAUCCCCAUUCUUGAUAAGCUGUAGUUACAAGCAUGAAAUAAGCUAUAAUAAAAUGUUUAAUUGUG